GAGGGCGAGGCGCCGGCGCGCACGCAGAGUGGCCUGGAGGCACACAAGCUGGGGCUGGACACGAAAAGUUACUUUAAAGACUUGCCCAAAGCUCACACCGCCUGUGAAGGGGCUCUGAAUGGUAUAACGUUUUAUGUGGGGCUGCAGGCUGAAGACGGGCACUGGACGGGUGAUUAUGGAGGCCCACUGUUCCUCCUCCCAGGCCUCCUGAUCACGUGCCAUGUAGCACGCAUCCCUCUGCCAGCUGGAUACAGAGAGGAGAUGGUACGGUACCUGCGGUCAGUGCAGCUCCCUGAUGGCGGCUGGGGCCUGCACAUUGAGGACAAAUCCACAGUGUUUGGUACUGCACUCAACUAUGUGGCUCUUAGGAUCCUAGGAAUUGGGCCUGAUGAUCCUGACCUGGUACGCGCCCGGAACAUCCUUCACAAAAAAGGUGGUGCUGUGGCCAUCCCCUCCUGGGGUAAGUUCUGGCUGGCCAUCAUGAAUGUUUACAGCUGGGAAGGCCUCAACACCCUGAUUCCUGAGAUGUGGCUGUUUCCUGCCUGGAUGCCUGCACACCCCUCCACUUUCUGGUGCCACUGCCGGCAGGUCUACCUGCCCAUGAGCUACUGCUAUGCCGCCCGGCUAAGUGCCUCUGAGGACCCACUGGUUCUGAGCCUCCGCCAGGAACUCUACGUGGAGGACUAUGCCAGCAUUGACUGGCCAGCACAGAGGAACAACGUAUCUCCUGAUGAUCUGUACACACCACACAGCUGGCUGCUGCGCACAGUGUAUGUGCUCCUCAACCUGUAUGAGCGCUUCCACAGCACUCGCCUAAGGCGCUGGGCCAUCCAGAUGCUGUAUGAGCACAUCACUGCCGAUGACCGCUUCACCAAGAGCAUCAGCGUUGGCCCGAUCUCAAAAACCAUCAACAUGCUUGUGCGCUGGGCUGUGGAUGGGCCAGCCUCCUUGGCAUUCCAGGAGCACGUCUCCAGGAUCCCUGAUUAUCUCUGGUUGGGCCUUGAUGGUAUGAAAAUGCAGGGCACCAAUGGCUCACAAAUUUGGGACACCUCCUUCACCAUCCAGGCUCUGCUAGAGGCAGGUGCACACCACAGGAGUGAAUUCUUAUCCUGCCUGCAGAAGGCACAUGCAUUUCUGCGGCUCUCACAGGUCCCAGACAACCCUCCCAACUAUCAGAAGUACUACCGCCAGCUGAACAAGGGUGGCUUCUCCUUCAGCACCCUGGACUGUGGCUGGAUCGUGGCUGACUGCACAGCUGAGGCCUUGAAGGCUGUCCUGCUCCUGCAGGAGAAGUGUCCCUCUAUUACUGAGCACAUCCCUCGAGAGCAGCUCUGCAAUGCUGUGGCUGUGUUGCUGAACAUGAGGAAUCCUGACGGAGGCUUUGCCACUUAUGAAACUACACGUGGGGGGCGCUUGCUGGAGCUGCUUAACCCCUCCGAGGUCUUUGGGGACAUCAUGAUCGACUACACAUAUGUGGAGUGCACCUCAGCAGUGAUGCAGGCACUGAAGUGUUUCCACAAGAACUACCCGGAUCACAGGGCAGCCGAGAUCAAGGAGACCCUGGAGCAGGGCUUGGCAUUCUGCCGGCAGAAGCAGUGGGAUGAUGGCUCCUGGGAGGGCUCCUGGGGUGUUUGUUUCACCUAUGGCACCUGGUUUGGCCUGGAAGCUUUUGCUUGCAUGGGACAUACCUACCAAGAUGGGGCUGUCUGUACAGAGGUCUCCCGGGCCUGCAACUUCCUGCUGUCCCGGCAGAUGGUGGAUGGAGGCUGGGGGGAGGACUUUGAGUCUUGUGAGCAGCGGCGUUACAUGCAGAGUGCCCAGUCCCAGGUCCACAACACCUGCUGGGCCCUGAUGGGACUAAUGGCUGUCAGGCAUCCUGACGUGGAGGCCCAGGAGAGAGGAGUCAGGUGUUUGCUUGAGAAGCAGCUCCCCAAUGGCGACUGGCCCCAGGAGAACAUCUCUGGGGUCUUCAACAAGUCCUGUGCUAUCAGCUACACGAACUACAGGAACAUCUUCCCCAUCUGGACGCUGGGCCGCUUUGCUAAUUUGUACCCUGAGAGAGCUCUUGCUGGCCACCCUUGAGAGCUUCCUGCCAGUGGUGGGUGGGUGGUGGGUGGUGGUUUCUCACAAGUUCCAUGAAAGACUGAGGUGUCUUAGCCAAGUGGUAGAGCUCCUCCAGCCCCUCGUUUUCCCCUUCUAUAGGCAGGAAUCUGGUACUAGGCCUGAACAGGGAUGGGUACAAUAAACUUUAGACACUUGA